GGCUGGUCAGAGUUCACCAUGGACCGCCUGGAAAGGGAGUAAUGCAGGUAACAUACUCUGCAUGUAUCUCUAGAUAAGUCGUCCACGGGACCGAGGAGAAGUCGUGUGUAGUGAGCAGUGAGGUGCGAGAAGUGACGAGUGUUCCGGAGUCUGAGGAGGUGGAAGUGUUGUGGGAUACAAGGAGAAGAUGUGAAAUGUGGAGUUAUCAUUGGACGGCUCGUCCCCGACUCGAACACACUUAAUGUGGAGACGCACAGGAAGGACGAUCGGCACCACGGCGAAGACAGGCAACGCAAGGAGGCUCAACACUCAAGUUUCUCCACACAAACACUUUUAUACAAUUAGACCAAAUGUGAUAUUUUCAUUAUUUGUUAAUUUUGACGUGUAAAUAUUUUAGUGUUUAGUGUAACUAGCGAUUGACAUUACAAGUUCGUGAUCCACGACAGACACUAUAACAAAUAAUCAAAUUAUACAAAAUAUUAUUCUAAAUAAGGAAGUGCCCAAGCAAGACAUCGUUAGCUCAUAACUCCAUUCAUUUUUCUCCAAGGUAGCGUUAAGUUGACAAGAAUCUCUCUCACCAUGGCGUUUUGCGGAAUCGGCAAACAUAGUUUUGAGGUGGGGGGUGGAGAACGGACAAUCUUUCCGGGGUUGAGAAACCUAUGAAAUAUUCUGGUGGACCCGAUCGCCUAGUGGAAGUAGUCGAGCCGCGCGGACGCAGCAGAGUUGGCAUUUUGGAUGGCGAGGAGCUGACCUCCGCCUGGCCUCACACUCAGACCCUCAGUGAUGCGACGCAGACGACGGAAGACGACGAAGCAACUCUACGGGAACUGCUUAUGAGGUUGGGAGAAGACACCGCGGCAGGAAAGAGGAGACUCCUUUCACAGCCUGAAUAUAAGUCCAGUCCUGUAUUGAAUGGGUAUCAACCGAUGCCUCAUUCAUCGGAGCAACCGAUUACCGAGAUUGUUGGACUAUCAAGUGUCGGAUUACUGAGUGUGUCAAAUUAUCGAGAGUCAACUGUAGUUGUUAAAAGUCUACAGAGACAGGUGAGCAUCAUGAGCAUGAAUCUGUCGGCCAAGCUGGAUGAGCUGCAACAACGGGGCGACCGUCAGCUGGAGACGACCGUCGCCCUGUGCGAGAUACGCAGCCAGCUGCAGGAGCUCACAAAGUCUGUCGAGUCGUGCCAGUCCGAGGUGAGCGAGGUGAAGCGGGACAUGGUGGCGAUCAAGAACGAACUCGACACCGUGCAGCAAGUCAAAGAGGAAAUAGAAGAGCUGCGGGAGUACGUGGACCGACUGGAGGAACAGACGCAUCGGCGGAAACUGCGGCUGCUGGAACAGGGUCUGACGUUCUUCCUGUGUUAUACGAUCCUCGCCGCUAUGCUGGGAAUGUUGCAGUUCGGCUACAACACAGGCGUCAUUAAUGCUCCUGAAUUUAAUAUAGAGAACUUUAUGAAAGAUGUGUACAAAGAUCGCUACGGUGAGGAUCUGCAGGAAGAGUCGGUCAAGUUGUUAUACUCGUUGGCAGUGUCGAUAUUUGCAAUCGGAGGAAUGUUGGGUGGAUUCAGUGGCGGAGUCAUUGCAAAUAAGUUUGGAAGAAAGGGUGGCCUGUUGCUGAACAACAUUCUAGGAAUUUGUGGAGCGUGUAUGAUGGGAUUCACGAAGAUAAUGCAUUCGUAUGAAUUGCUUUUUCUUGGUCGUUUUGUUAUCGGAGUCAAUUGUGGUUUAAACACGUCGUUAGUGCCGAUGUACAUUUCCGAGAUUGCGCCGCUGAAUCUCCGAGGGGGGCUAGGAACUGUCAAUCAGCUGGCCGUCACAACGGGACUUCUCAUCUCACAAAUCCUCGGAAUCGAACAGAUCCUCGGCACGGAUGACGGGUGGCCUGUGCUAUUAGGUUUAGCAAUCUGCCCUGCUAUUUUACAACUGAUUCUGUUACCAGUGUGUCCAGAAUCACCCCGUUACCUCUUAAUACAAAAACAAUGGGAAGAAGAAGCAAGGAGAGCGUUAAGAAGACUAAGAGCGUCGAACAACGUGGAAGAAGACAUCGAAGAGAUGCGAGCAGAGCAGCGAGCGCAACAGUCGGAGUCCACCAUCUCCAUGAUGGAGUUGAUCUGUUCUCCGACACUGCGAUCUCCGCUGAUCAUUAGCAUCGUGAUGCAGCUCAGUCAACAACUUUCUGGCAUCAAUGCUGUGUUCUAUUAUUCUACAAAUUUGUUUAUAAGUUCGGGUCUGACUGAGGAGACGUCAAAGUUCAUGACCAUAGGUAUAGGUGCGAUAAUGGUGGCGAUGACUUUAGUGAUAAUGCCUUUAAUGGAUCGAAUGGGAAGACGAACUCUGCAUCUGUACGGACUCGGAGGCAUGUUCAUAACCUCCAUCUUCAUAACAAUCUCCUUCUUGAUAAAGGAGAUGAUCGACUGGAUGUCCUACCUGUCUGUUGUCUCGACGCUCAGUUUCGUGGUGUUCUUCGCCCUCGGUCCCGGCUCCAUUCCGUGGAUGAUCACUGCCGAGUUGUUCUCCCAAGGUCCUCGACCCGCGGCAAUGUCUAUAGCAGUUCUUGUCAAUUGGAUGGCAAACUUCAUUGUUGGAAUCGGUUUCCCAACGAUGAAGAAUUCACUGGAAAAUUAUACGUUCCUGCCAUUUAGCGUGUUCCUUGCGAUCUUCUGGAUCUUCACUUACAAGAAAGUUCCAGAGACCAAAAAUAAAACGUUCGAAGAAAUCCUUGCACUGUUUCGACACAACAAUGGAAGGGGCAGUCUUCGUGACAGUAGACUAUAUGGGAGCAUGAUAAACUGUGUGAAUACGUUAGAGCAACGAAUGCCCUCAUCUGAGCAGGCCUCGCUCAUGGUAGCGGAGGAAAGACCGCUCCCGGACCAAUCUGCUUCCGAUCGUUGCUGUCGAGAUCUGGCACAGCCGAUUCGUCCCCCUCCCCCCCUCCCACCACCGCGAUUCCCGAACAGCGGCGUCUGACACCGGGAAAAUCUUAACGGCGAUAUGUGCGCGACCGCGCCUAAACUCGGCCUACUCGGCUUUAUACACAAGAGCGGUAAAGCGUGGGUUCUGUAUCUCCGUCGCCACUAAACCUCCCAUGUGUACGUUAGGUGCGCUAGGUCCUUAUCUGUAAAUUGCUCACUCCGCGACGAUAGUGUGUGAUCCAGAUACUAUAUAGAGAAUAUUUUAAUAUAAGUGUUAUCGAGGCACGGUGUAUAUAUGGACACUAC